AUGCUGCUGAUGCUGGUGUCCUUGCUCUGCUGUCUCCCUCCAGCCAAGGCCUGUCUGCAGUGUGACCGCAAGAUCAGGCUCCUGCUCGAGGACUUUGUCCUGUCUGCUCCCACCGUGGAUGACCAGAUUGAAAUAAAAAAGAUUUGCGACCAUGCCUAUGCGACCUACAGAGAGACCAGCCGGGAGCGAAAGGGGGUCAUUGAUCCCACCACUCUGUACAGAGCCAAAACUGAGUACCAGAGUGAGUUUGACCGCUUCUUGAAAACCAAGCACACUGGAUCUGUAACAUUUGAGGCUAUUCAGAUCCUGGAGAAGGGCAGGAAGAUCUUAGAAAAACACUUGGACACAUUCAUCCAUGAUGGAUUGUGCCCCAACAAGUGUGGGCUUUUGAGACGAAGAGUAAUGGAUUGCUUCUCUUGCCGCUACAAGAUAUACAUCUGUCCCUCUCCCUCUGGCCAGCAGGACUGCGGUGAGCUCCCUGUGCAGGCUGAAGAGGGAGGCCAGGCUGUGUUGAACUGUUUCCUUCCAUGGCAUCAUCUUCUGUUGGGAGGACCACAGUAUCACUAUUCCUGGGCCCGCGGCUUGCCAGGAACUGAAAAGCUGAAAGAGAGUGACUUCAAAGCCUUGGUGGUGACGGACGACUCAUCCGUGGUCUUAAAUCAGCUGCGCAGGGAUGAACAAGGAACAUAUCGCUGCUCUCUGCAGGGCCAAGAUGGAACCGUCUUCUACCGGGUCACUUUCCCGCUCGCUGUCGCCCUUUCCCCUGACCAGACUCACCGACCGGUUAUCACUCCGCCCUCCCUGCCUCCUGGAGACAACUACUCGCCCUUUCAACCUACUGCCGGCCUGCUGGUGCCAGUCAUCGCUAUGGUUACUGCUUUGAGUCUGGCAGCGAGCGUAGGCCUCACAGUUGUCCUGGGAAUGUUGAUGAGUCAGAGGAGAGCCGCGGAGCAACUGAGGAGAAGGAGGACGGCGGGAAAAACCACACAAUACACGGGCAGGGGGAAGUCAGUUUGGAUCAUGAGCUAUGCAUAUGUAGCAGAGCUUGUGGUGAAACAGUAUGAGGGGGUGUGCGUGGAUGUUGGGGCCUGCAUGGAUGGCUACAGGAUGUAUGUGCGGUGCUGUUUCCUGUCGGGCUGCCGAGACGGGGGCGAAGGUUGA